GUAAACCCAUCGUUCGCUCGUUCGCUCGCCGUCUUGUGAUUUUUCUCCUUGUUUCUUAUUUUCAUGAAAAAUAACGGAAAAUAGAAUGUAACUGUAAAUUUCUCUCACACAAUGGAUUUCAAUUAGCUCCAAGUAUCAAUAUGUAUAUGUGUUAAUGACUCCCUUUUCUUCAAACUGUUUAUCAUGUGUGGCAAAUACAUCAAUAAAAGAAUGAAACAUACUUACGUUUUGUAAUUAACUAGAACAGCGAUUUGGAUCAAAAUGGAGCACUCAGACUUGGUGUCUGAGAUGGCCCAGGUGGAACACCUCACCACGCAGGAGAGGCUCCACCUAGCCCGCAGACGACGCAUGCAGCAGUUAAAACUAUGGCAGCAACGAGAAAAAGAAUGGCUGCGAUCGCGGGCGAAACGGGAGAAAAGCAACAAGCGGAGCAUAUACUUUAGUGAUAGCGUUAUGUUGCUGGAAGCCGCGGCCAGGAACGAUAUAGACGAAGUGCGGCGGUUAUUGUCUCGCGGCGUGACGCCGGACGCGACGAACGAAGACGGCCUGACCGCCCUCCACCAGUGCUGCAUAGACAACAACGAGGCAAUGAUGAGGUUGUUACUCGACCACGGGGCUAACGUCAAUGCAGAAGACAGCGAGAAAUGGACGCCUUUACACGCCGCAGCCACUUGCGGGAACCUCAACCUUGUACGAAUUCUUAUACAACGGGGUGCGAAUCUUCUCGCUGUAAAUGGCGAUGGUAACAUGCCUUACGACAUCUGCGAGGAAGAGCGUACACUGGAUGCUAUUGAGAGCGAGAUGGCAGCCCGUGGUGUGACGCAGCGACUGAUAGACGAUACCCGAGCGUCCACAGAAAUGAGAAUGUUAAGGGAUGUCGAUGAUUUAGUGAAGGCGGGCAUGGAUUUGGAUGAGCCGAGGGAUAAUCAGGGUGCCACGCUUCUACACAUAGCAUCAGCGAACGGGUACCUGAAGGUUGUGGAGUACCUGCUGGAGCACCGCGCGUCCACCGACGUGGUGGACCACGACAUGUGGCAGCCCGUCCACGCCGCCGCCUGCUGGGGACAUCUAGAAGUUCUAGAACUAUUAGUACAAUAUGGAGCUGAUCUCAAUGUCAGGAAUAAACACGACGAGACGCCAGCGGACAUCUGCGAGGAAGGCGAGCUCCGAGCUCGUAUCUUACGUCUGGCGGCCGACCAAGAGGAGUUGCGUCGUCACGCCGCCGCCGACCGACUGAGGACAGCGCGACGGUCUUCAUCCAGCGCCUCCACUAGCCGCAGGGUGCGGUCGGUGCGGCGCACGUCGCUGCGCGAGAAGCAGCUGACGGCCAAGGCCGACGUGCGCGGCGAGGCCAGGUUGCGCGAGACCUUCGACUCCGCCGUCGAUGAUGAGCUGCAGGGCCUAUCAAAUGGCGUGGAAAACGACCAGAAUACUGCAAACUUACAACCGGGCGAGUUGUCACACAAGCGGCUGUCGAACAGUUCCACCACGUCCAACCAGAGCUACGACUCGACGGUGGAGUACGCGGUGCCCAAGCACUCGUACAGCCAGCGCGCCAGCGACGUCAGCGACCACUCCGACCUGCUGCCCUACGGCCCUCAGAAGACCUCCAACCCUCUGUUCGGAGUGAACGCGGCCUCGCACUACGCGCCCGGCGCCCUGCCCUCCUCGCACCUCGAAGCCGUCAACGAACAAAACAAACACUACGAAAGAACGAGCUUACCGAACGGCGUCAGAAAGGCGCCUGAGGGCCAGGACAAUGACGUUAUCAAAAACGAGGACGCCUUAGACGGUAGGAAAGAGGUGAUAGUGAACCCCAACCAGAUCGCGAUCACUGAAGGCGGCACCGCGACCUACACCACAGACAAUAAUGGUAAAAUCAAUGUUCAUGUCACCGUCAUGAUUAACGCAGGCACUCUCGCAGAUUUGAAGAAGCAGCGCGCUCAGAUCAGAACGAACGGCAGCCCGGUGGAGAGCAGCCUGACGUCGACGAACAACCACAGCAUGAACUCGCUGUCGGAGGUGUCGAAGCAGGACAUGCCGGUGCAGCUGAACCCGCUGAGCCUGUCGCCCAGCGCGGGCACGGUGCCGCGCUUCUCCGGCAACACCAGCGACGUGGUCGGCGACACGCGCUCGCGCCGCUGCUGCAUCAUCAUGUGAGCACGAACCUUGCCGAACAUAGCCGAAGUGUACCGAACGUGUGAUGGUGGUAAGCGUACAAGUCUGAUUGUCAUUCCAAAAUAGUUUUUGAUCGGCUUUUAGAUCGCAACGACGGUUGACUUUUUGCGUUAGCUAGCCUUGUGAUUUUGGCUCUGAAGAUUAUGAAAAGAAAAGUAUAUUGAUUUUUAUUUUAUUAUUAUUUGCCGCGACUGAAAUGUUGUUGCACGUCAAAAAGUCAAUCGCCGGGUUGUAGGUCAGGUAUAGAGAAAUAAAGUAAUAUGUUGAAUGUUGCCGAUGGAGUAUUGCCAUGUUUGCUCACAAAGCAAGGGCUUGCCAAUGGCUGGAAAACAGUGUGAUAGAUAUAUAAGAGCUCAACAACUAUUGUAUUCUUAGCGUUAAGGAAACUAUACGGUUGCUAAUAUUUUAUGUAGUGUUAGAAGUGAAUCCUAUAUUGCAGUUAUUGUCAUAUAUUUAAGUAUUGGAUUGUAAAAUAGUUCUUGUCUUAUAUUUCCUGAACAUUCCAUUAUUUGAUUAUAUUUGUUGAAAUAUUUUAUUUUAUUGUAAAUAAUUUAAUUUCAUUGUUAAUUUGAAUGUUGCAGUAUUCAUUGAGUGAAAUGUUUCCAAUUAUUUUAAUGGUACAUAAAAUGCAUAAUAAGCAUUUUAAACAGAACAAACCAUAAUUCGCAAUAAUACAUAAUAAUCGUAUCGAUUGUUCGGAAGUGCCUCAAACAUUGGUCUUAUAAUGCUGAUCUAUGUAUAACAUAGUAUAAUUUAAUUCCUAAACUACGAUUUAUUUAAACAAACUAAUAAAUUAUUCUAACAAUAUAAGUAAAUGAUAUACUUUAACGAGACGGAAGUGAAACCUUAUAUAAAGUUGUAGCACAGAUGGAGUGUUGCUUAUAUCCUAACUGAACAUAACUGCGAUAACUGCCUUAGUUUCAUCGGACCACUCUAUGGCAAUAAACUAAUAUCACUAGAAUUGUAACUCAUACAAACAUAGUACUUAAAAUGGAUAUACCUACUUCUCUAAACGUAUAGUAAUUUCACAAUUUUAACUACCUAUUAGAUAUGCCAUAAUAACAUUCAAAAAUAUUUAAAAUCGUAGUUACUAUUCAUUCAAUAUUAGAUUGAAAUAUUUACAAAAUUCUAAUAUUGCUUAAACUAUUUAUAUCUACAGUUUUUGUUCCUUGUCUACUAAAAUGUUAACAAUUUAAACUAUAUCCGUCUUACCAUAAAAACUUUUAAACGUCAGUUUAUGCCUUGUCUAAAAAAAUGUCAAAUUAUGACGUUGACAUAUGGUUCAUUUUGCAGCCAAAAUUUUAUUAGACAAGUGUAAAACAGGGGUUAAAGUUUUUGUAGUAAGGCCAUCUAUGUAUAAUAUUAAAACAUUAUUUACUUUUAUACUAACAUUUUAGCACGAUUGAAGUAUUUUGAGUUACAAGUUCAAUGUUGACCCAAAGACUGGAUUUUUUAUGUAGGAUUUACAUUUAUUAGUAGUAUACAGCUGGUUGCAUGUGCCAUUACAAUUACACAGAUGUUCUUAUAUCCUACUACUUUAAAUAAACAUGGUUUAGACGCCCGCCCCAAUAUUUCUUAGUUAUAGUGUUGUGUGUCGCCAUGUCAAAUUAUUUUAGUGUUACCAGGAAUUGAUUAAAAGAGACUGAGUAUAUUUACGACGUGCGUCGAAAACAGUACGCAAGUACGACAUUCACGUUCAGUGUAGCAGUGCAGUAACAACCAACAUGUAAAUGUUUAACAGUAUCAGGUAGAAUUAGAUAAAGUUUAUUCAUUUACGUACGUAUUAAUCACUAACGUAGCAAAAUAGUCCAAAAUAUUUUAGCACGCCAAUUGAGUACAAUUUUCUGGAAUUUGGUAUAUUAACCGUAUUAAUUUUUUACACUUAAGUAUUUUUUGUAUUAUUGAUUUACUGAUUUUUCAACAGUAUUUAUAAAAACAAUGCAACAACGGUAUUAAAAUUUACACUAUACCCAAUUUUGAAAAUUAAAAUUAAAUGUUUAUGCUAUGAGAUACUCGUAAUUAGUAAUGGCACAUGCAAAUCGGUGUUGUGUUUAAAUUUCAAAAUAUGUACAGCUGACUGUUGACAGAGCGAGGGGGCCACGGCAUUCGUGCUGGUAGAUUUGUUUCACUACCCAUGUGUUACAUUAAUGCACCUACUGUUACCAGUUUAUCGCCAAUACCUUCCUAAAUUAUUUAUAUUUACUAAUGAGUGAUGAUUUGUUGUAUUUCAACUAGAAGUUGAUAAAAUCCUUGUAACGAUACAAUGUACCAGUGGUCAGUAAUAAAUAUAUACCUGUUGUUAUUCACCUCGAAGUUCGGGCGACUAGGUGAACUAUUUAAUCUAAGGGCGAUUUAUCUGCAUGACAUGUAAUAUAUGGGUGUAUACUGUAUAGUCGAGUGCCUUUUUCUUCUUUAUUAGAGCUAAAUACUCAAUUUGUGCCAAUAUUUUUAUAUUUUUAAAUUGCAAGCACAAUUUACUUUUAGAUAAAAAUAUUGUAUUACAUUGUUACCGCGAAUACUUAGCAUGCUCCCCUACGUGAUUUGAAACAUAUUUUAGUUUCAUAUUGAAUUUUGUAACCAGCGCAAACCUACAAAUAAAUGUUGUUCGAAUGCAGCAUAACAAUUAAUUUACAGUUAAAUGUUUACCGCAUAAUUAUAUACUUUAAUAUAAUAUUCGUGGUAACACUGUACGUGUUGAUUAGUUUCACCCUUUCGUUGUGUAAAGUGGUAACCCCCUAUUUAGAAAAAAAGUCCUAGGAACUAAAAUUUUAUCUUUGAUAUCUAACCUGUAGCAAAUGUUCGUGGAAUUAUGUUCUAUAAAAAUCCAGUGUUCAUUGUCUGUGGUAUUCUUGUUAGGUGAAUGUAGGAAAUUGACAUUCCGUUGUAUAUCGUCUUGUUAAAUUUUAUAUUUAUACAAUGUAAUAUAAUUAUUAAGCUUUUGGAGUCGUAUUUAUCAUGAGUAGGCGUCAUCAUUAGUUCCCAUCCAGUAGCAAUUCAUUCGUCCAUAUCUUAGUCAUUAGUGUAGCUAUUUGGUAGAUCGAUUAUAUCUUCAGUACUUAAAAAGUACUUAAAAAUAUGUGUACUUUAUGUGUAACACGGAACUGUCGUGAAUAUAUCAAAUAUAUAAUGUAAACUGAAAAUAUAUUAAUAUAGACAUACAAACAAAGCAAUACUGAAAUGGCCUUAUAAGUAAGCACAAUACAUUUCAUUUUUAUUUUGUAAACAGUAUUAUUUUUUUAAAGCAUUUUACGGACGGCAUUUUGUGAUACUUAUUAGUAUUUGAUAAAUUUUUGACAGAACAAAUACUUAUUAUAUGAACAUAGUUUUUUUUUUUGUAUUAUUAUAUUUUGUUUUCAAAUUUUUUGUGCUCUGUGUUAGUUAUAUUUGAUGAUCAUUUUCGUAAGUACCUACAUGUGGGUUGUGAUGGCAGCUUGUCUUGCCGACAACAGUCAAUAGGAACCAAGAAUUGAAUUAGUGAUUAUCGUUCUUAAAGUUAUUAUUUGGCAGCUUUACACUAGGGGUUUUUAUGUUUACCUAACGUUAUAAAGUUACAUAUUAAAUUCUAAAAUAUUACAAAAUAUAAUAGAAAUAGACUGUCCCAAUACACAAUAAAAUAGAAAAUAAUUUAGCAGGACAUCGAUUUAUCAUACAAUCACUUCUUGCCGAAUCGUAUUACGCACGUUUUUCUUCAAAGUGAAAAGUUUAGAUAUAAUAUAUUAUGAAGAUUCUUAAGAAGUAAACUUUGUGUGAUCAUUUAAUGUUUGCAGUAGGAAUACUGAACAGUGCCUGUUGUGUCUUGCCUUAGUAAAGUGUAACCUUCUCCUCUGUUGAAUCCUUAUUGUUAUCAUCACGUGAUCCUAUGUACAUACAUUGUAGAAUAUUCGUCAUAUAUUACUUUACAUGUAUAUCGUCGAAUAAACUUGUAUUAUAUGAUUGUUUAUAUCGAGUGGCAGCUGAUCCGCAAACCUGUGUAUAUAACGACCUCUUAGUUAUAUAGUUAGUCAGUGUUACGCUGUUUAUAUAGAAGUAACGUCACAACUGUUACGUCAUACAAGUGUUCUAUCAUGUUAUUUAGAAAAUUAUAACCAGCAUCACAUUACACAGUGUUGAUUUUUAUAGAAAUAUCAAUUGAUGUAAGUUUUUUCAGAACAAAAAGUAUAUAUUUCCGCCUAGGUAUUUGGAUACAUAUAGUUAAGUAUUUUAAUACAAAAUAAUGCGAAAGAAAUUAGUAAAUUUUCAAAAGACCUAGAUGUAAUGCGGUAUAUUACUUAAUAACUUGUCAAAUGUGUGAACUUGCCUUUUUUGUCUUGCCCUCUGAAAAAAUGGUUCACGUUUCACAUUAAAAAAUAUAACGGUUAUUAAAAGUAAAGUAGGAUUUUGGAAUUGAAGAACUUUAUAUAAUAACAUCUUCAGUCUUUAUUGAAUAAAUUCCUUGUGAAUCAAUUAGUCAAUUUCCAAAUAUUUUUCAUAUCAAGACCCAAGAUUCUUAUAACUGAUUGGUAAUGAUAAAAUUAUAGCUAUAUAAUCGAUAAGUACGUACAUUUAAUAUAUUCAAUUGAUGUAGGGUGUUCAAUGUGAUCUACUGUAUUACCUUUACUUGUUUUUGUGUCGUUAUUCAGUGGCAUAUAAUAUGUGUUACAAUCUUGCUAUGUAAAGACUGUCAGAUUGUCGUAUGACCAAUAAAAAUAAAGUAUCCAGCAAUUAUUGGAACAAAGAAUAAUUAGUUACAAAGUUUGGUUCUCAAAGUGACACUGAAACUAAAACUAUUUUUACAUCUUUACUGCUCUCUUUUAUUUUUAUGGGGUACGAUGCUCUAAACAGUCUUUAUUCCCAGGUCUAUGGUUAAACGUUGUACUUAAGCUGGUGAUAGACACUACUGUUCAAAGGAUAUCAUGAUUCAAAGGUACAAUGUGAUACACGGCAGGUUGGCAGGGACAAGUCUUAAAUCCUUGACGGUUUUAUGUGCUCAAUUAUUUUGUAUUCGUAUUAUAAGACAAAUUAAUACCUAUUGCUGAUUCUUGACCAACUAAAAAUAUUUCCAGUCUUUUGUUAACAAACAGUAUUAACACAAGUAAUCCCGUCAAGAUUGGGACUUGAUCCUGCCGUCUCGACUAAUGUACAAUAAUGAUAAUGCAAAGACAAUGCAAGAUUUUCGUUUGUUUAAAAAGUAAGAUUUUGCUUCUUUUUGUUUCUUAUUCUUCAUUUAUGAAGAUUAUUCGAUUUUUCUAAGCCCUAUAAACAGUAGUGUAAAAUUAAAUUAUCUGGAACAUUAAUAAAUCGUUUGUUUAAAUCAAA